GUGACAAUUCCGUGGUGACUUGACUGUCUGGCCUGGUUCCCCUUAAGGAGAGGAAAUCAUGGCGCGUCUCGGCCGCGUUGGGUUUCUGACCCUCGCAGUGGUUUUCCACCUUAUGUACGCAUAUUCGAUAUUCGAUAUAUAUUUUGUUAGUCCAAUUGUACGUGGGAUGAGAUCAUUUCGGGUCGAACGCGAACCGGAAACCGAUGCCCCCGCUAAACGCCUAUUUCUUUUCGUCGCGGACGGCUUGCGCGCGGACAAAGCCUUUCAGGCAUUUCCCGAUCCAUUCUCAGAUGAUGAUGAUGCUGCAGAUUCAAGUGCCAGAGAUACGAUGCACCUUGCUCCUUUCAUUCGUUCUCGAGCCCUCUACCAUGGCACCUUUGGUGUGUCCCAUACACGAGUCCCUACGGAGUCGAGACCUGGGCAUGUUGCGCUCAUUGCGGGGUUGUACGAGGAUGUGUCGGCGGUGACGACGGGCUGGAAACUCAAUCCUGUGAAUUUCGACAGUGUCUUCAACCGCAGUCUCCAUACAUGGAGCUGGGGUAGCCCGGAUAUUCUGCUAAUGUUCAAAGAAGGCGCGGUUCCUGGGAGGGUCGAUGCGGAAACAUACAGUGAAGAGGCGGAGGACUUUACUGCGGAUGCCUCACAGCUGGACACAUGGGUUUUUGAUAAGGUGAAGGAGUUCUUUGGGUCCGCGAGGGACGAUCCGGAGCUAUAUGCGUUGUUGAAACAGGACAAGCUUGUUUUCUUUCUCCAUCUUCUCGGGCUCGAUACUACCGGUCACGCCUACCGCCCCUAUUCUAAGGAAUACUUAAGAAAUAUCAAGUUAGUGGAUGAUGGCAUAAGGGAAAUUACGGAACUUGUUGAAGAUUUCUAUGGGGAUGACAGGUCAGCCUUUAUCUUUACUGCCGACCAUGGGAUGAGCGACUGGGGUAGCCAUGGUGACGGGCAUCCAGACAAUACCAGGACACCGCUUGUCGUCUGGGGCUCUGGCGUAGCACAUCCAAAGAAAACGCGAGAUGGAUUUCCAUCGGGUCAUGAGGACGGCUUUUCGUCUGAUUGGGAUUUGGAGCAUAUUCAGCGUCAUGAUGUUGCGCAGGCCGACGUCGCUGCUCUCAUGGCUUAUUUGGUCGGGUUGGACUUCCCUGUCAAUUCGGUCGGUAAAUUGCCGCUGCGAUACAUCGAUGCCAGUCCCCGUGAAAAGGCAUUGGCAGCAUUAGCAAAUACGCAGGAAGUCUUGGAGAUGUAUCGGGUCAAGGAAACGCAGAAGAAAGCCUCCUUGCUUCGGUACAAGCCGUACCGGCCUUUGGCGGAUGAUGGCGAACAUUCCAUCGAGGACCACCUCAAAGAGAUAGAGACUCUGAUUGCGCAAGGGCUAUACGACGAAUCAAUUUCACUAUCCUCUGAUCUCUUGUCAGUGGGCCUAGAAGGAAUGCGCUAUUUGCAGACCUACGACUGGCUCUUCUUGAGAACCAUCGUUACUUUGGGGUACUUAGGAUGGAUUGCGUAUUCGCUGACUACUGUAAUCCAUCUUCAUGUCUUACACGGCACCUCUGACUCGCAUCGGACAUUGUCGAGUUCCAUGUUCUUCUCGUCAAUUCUAGUUGCUUUAUUUUCAAUCUUGCUGUACCAAGGCUCAUCGUGGAGAUACUAUCUUUAUGUUAGCUUCCCUGUUUUCUUCUGGGAAGAAGUUUUCGCCAGGAGGAAAGCGUUGGUAGCUGGCCGCAAAAUUAUCCUGAGCCGUGUCCAUUCAUUUGGGGGCUAUCUGACAUUUGGGUUGCAAGCAGCACUGUUUCUUGGAGUCCUGGAGGCGUUGGUCCAAUCUUAUUUCUUGCGGGAAAUAUUUACUGCGUGCUUCAUACUGGGAGCCUUUUGGCCAGUAGUAUAUGGCACGAGCUUUGUAACUCAACAUGCACUUUUAUCGGCGACAUGGGCAGUUGGCUGCCUUCUGAUGAGCACUUUUACACUCCUCCCUGCUGUAAAAGUGGAGGACAUUACUACUAUAACUUUUGGCGCCUUGCUGAUGUUCCUCAUCGGUGUUCUGUACUUGCUCUUUGAGCAUGUAAUUGAUAAGCGACAUCGGGAGUCGAGGCAGCUGUCCAGUGCCCUGGGCGGGCUUGGAUCGCGGGUGAUAAUGGGAAUGCAGAUUGGCAUGGUUUUGCUCGCGCUCAUUGUUACCAGAUCUAGUGCUGCCUCUCUCCAAGCUAAACAGGGACUUCCACUGGGAAACCAAGUCGUUGGCUGGUUCGUCUUGGUUGCUUCGCUCCUGCUGCCGUUCCUUCACCGGUUCUAUCCGAACAGCCAUUACGUGCAUCGUUUGAUGAUUCUUUUCCUUACAUUCUCGCCAACCUUCAUCAUACUCACAAUCUCUUACGAAGGACUCUUCUACUUCGUCUUCUGCAUGACAUUGGCCAUCUGGGUCCGACUGGAGCAUGCCAUCUAUGUGCACACGGCAGCUCCGAAGUCUCCUGUGGUGCCAGGGGUCAGUGAUGGAUACGUACAAAAGAAACCGAGCCAGAUUGCCACAACCACGGUGGACGGCGGAAAAUACAGCUACCGGGCUCUCAGUCUCUCGGACGCGCGCGUAGCGUUGUUCUUCUUCUUUCUCCUCCAGUCAGCAUUCUUCAGCACCGGAAAUAUUGCGUCCAUCUCAUCAUUCUCACUCGAGAGCGUCUACCGACUCAUUCCUGUAUUCAGUCCCUUCAGCCAAGGUGCAUUGCUGGUCCUCAAACUCCUAAUCCCCUUUGCCAUCAUCAGUGCCAAUCUGGGUAUCCUCAACCGCCGACUGGAGGUUGCACCUAGUGCGCUUUUCAUGGUGGUCAUGUCCAUCUCGGAUGUGAUGACGCUGAACUUCUUUUACAUGGUCCGUGACGAGGGUUCAUGGCUCGACAUUGGCACGACCAUUAGCCACUUCUGCAUUGCGAGUUUCCUGUGUACUUUCGUCGCGGGAUUGGAAUUUUUGAGCGAGGUGUUUACUAGUGGUGUUGAUUUUGGGGCGGUUGCUUCAGCGGUUGUCAAUGGCCAUGCGGAGAAUGAGCCGGAGACAAAGGGAGGAGUACAAGAAGCAGAAGGAAAAGCGGUUCCUGAUGGAGACAGUGAUCUGACCAUCAAUGGGUCUGCUAGAGCUGACAGUGCCGCGGAUGGCGUGUCAUCAUGAUGUGCAAUAGAUAGCAUAGCUCUUUUUUUGUUUCGAUUACACUAUUUAAUAAUAAUACUGAACUGUC